AUGAAGUCAAACUGCUAUGUUCUCGCAAUAUUCAUAUUUCUCGCACUUGGCAGAGCCUUCGCUUUCACAGGAAUUUUUAAUUGUAAAGAUGGUGCCGGGAUUACAAAUCCUAGGUGGGGUAAUGACUCUACGAAUGCGCUGGUUCUUACUAUCGACUUAAAAAGUCCAUCUCCCAUUCAGGCUGUUGGAAACUACAAAGUUUACUUUUAUUCGGUGGGCAAAGAAGCCAAUACCACAGAAUCUUAUUAUGUAUUCAUGCACACUCCUGACUGGGUAAACGGGUAUACUAGUCAGAUGUUUAUCCCUAAUAGCGGCAGUAAGUGGGUGGGAGCCAAUCCGUAUUCGUUGGCUUUAACUUACAGUCCCUUAAAAUUUCCACCAUCUGGAACGUUAAUCACUGUCGGCGCAACGGUGCAUUACGGUUGUUCUCUCAAUGGUGCUUCUGAUUUAGUAUGCAACUAUUGUCCAAUGAGAGUUUAUACUAAAAGCCCAUAA